ACCAUUUUAACCAUGGCUAAAGAUAUAUAGAUAUUUGUUAUAUCUUUAAUCUUUUACCGCCAAACUUUCCCUUAUCAGCUGAUUUCAGUAUUUAAGUUUUCUAACUUUCGCAGUAUUAUUGCAGUAAAGUUCACUUCGCUUGUCCCAACAUAGUCGACUGCUUACUAUUUUAUUGUUUAGUCCGUAGUUACUACUUAUUAUAUAGUCAUUAUAAUAUAUAAUUAUAGUCGUUGUUUGGUGGCUCUAUAAUAGUUCAUCAAUAUCCAUUACUCAUUGGUUAUUACGAUCACUGACACUGAUCGCUGCUCUCGACUAUUUGGGAUCAGACGUUUUAAACGUAUAAAGAUUAUGGGAAUCGAUUUUGGUGUAUGUAUUCAGAAUAUGAAAAAAAAACUUAUUUUGAAUGACCAACUAUAUGGAUUUGACAAAGAACAAAAUGAACUCAUACAGAUUAUUAAAAAAACUACUGAUUUCGGAGAGAGUGACUCAAUGAUUAUACUUGGGCCUCGUGGUUGUGGAAAAUCAAUGUUAUUGGAAUCGGUUAUAAAAUCUCUUUCACCUGAAUCACAUACACUUGUAUUAUUAAACGGUCUCAUUCAUACUGAUGAUAAUUUAGCACUUAAAAGUAUUAUACAACAACUCCAAAUGGAAAAUUUGGAUGGAACUUUUGCUGAAGGGUCGUAUGCUGAUAAUAUAAGUUUUUUAUUGGAGAGCUUCCGUGCGGGAAACAAAACAGCUUCAAAAUCAAUUAUUAUGGUAUUAGAUAAAUUUGAUAUGUUUUGUUCUCAUACUAAUCAAACAUUGUUGUAUAAUUUGUUUGAUUCUGUUCAAUCUCAACAAAGCCCAUUGUGUAUUAUUGGCUUAACAUCACGUAUUGAUGUUAUUGAAUUACUUGAAAAACGAGUCAAAUCAAGGUUUUCCCAUAAUAUAAUGAUGUUGAAACCUCCAUCAGAAAUUAGUCAAUUAUUAGAAAGAUUUAAACAUUCACUUAUAAUAAACAAACAUUGUAAAGUAAAGGCCGAUGUUUUGAAAAACUGGAACAAUAAUAUUGAAUUAUUAAUAUCAGAUGUAAGAAUACAAAAUUUGAUGAAGGAUCUAUUGAAAUCAAGCAACAACAGUACAAAAUUAAAUCUUCUUAUUUUUACUGCACUUACAAAUUUGUCAAAUGACUUAAUAUUGACCGUUGAAAAUUUAACAAAUAAUUACACUACAUUGUUUAAAAAAGAUAUGAUUCUUGUACAUUUGUUAGGACUAUCAGUUCUUGAACUUUGUUUAAUGAUUUCAAUUUGCCAUCACUCAGAAAUCUAUGAUCAAGAACCAUUUAAUUUUGAAAUGAUUUAUGAUCGGUAUUGUAAAUUUGCAUUACGAAAUUCAACAUUGCUUGUAACAAAAAGACAAGUUAUCAUAAAAGCUUUUGAAAGAAUAUCAGUAAUGCAAUUGAUACUACCUGUAGCAGUUAUAGAGAAUAAAAAUGUAUUAAGAGAAUAUCGACUAUACAAGUGUUCAAUCAAUCUCGAUAAAGUGAAAACAGCUUCUAAUUUAUAUUUCAGACUACCUCCAGUCAUAUUACAAUGGAUAGAUAGUAAUAUAAUUUAAAUUAUUGUAUCAUUUUUUAUUGAUAAUGUAUGUAAUAUGCUGCUCAAUAAAUACAUUUUCUACUUAAGUAUUAAUUAAUAUUAAUAACUAUUGGAUGAAUACAUAUCAAAAUGUAUUAAUGGUUUUAUUUUUACUAUUAGUAAUUAUUAAAAUAUAUUAUAAGUUUAUUUUAUUGUUAAACAUUUUUUACAAUAUGGCCAUAACAUUUGUAAAUUACAGUGUCAUAUAGGUAUUUUAAAGAGUGAAAAGGAUUAUAGGUAACACUAUAAUCCUAAUUCAACUUUGUUAUUAAACUGUGGCCAUUAAGAACCAAUUAAUAUAAAAAUAAGAUAUACCAAUACAUUUAGCUUAAAUAAUGCGGUUAAUCCAUUUUUUUAAAAAAUACAGUGUUUACUUUUAAUUGAUUCUUAGCUAACUAGUUAUAACUGUCACUUAAUACUUAAUAGUUAAUACUCGUUAGUCGUUUUAAAAAUACAAUAUAUUUUAAUAUAAAUAUUUUCUUUUACAAUAA